AAGAGGACCCGAAAGUAGUUGUGAGAAAACGCUCUCUAAGUGGAAUUAUGGACGUUGAAUCCAGAAUGCUGCUGCUACUGACCCUGUUGUUGAGUAUUGCAGUUUUAGUGUCAGGUAUCCAGAACGUGGAGGUAUCAUGCUCUCAUAAGAACAUCUGUGCUCUGAGACAGUCUUCUGUGAACCUGAUUUGCUCCUACUCAAAUAUCAGUAUCAUCACUGGAUUCUGGUUCAGUCUAAAGGACAAAGCUAAAUGGAGGGAGGAGGAACAUCCAGAGGAUUUAACUUUAGACUCUGACUACGCCGGACGUGUGGACUACACAGAGAUGACAAACAUAACCUUCACUCUUACAAUAACAGACCUGAGAGAGAGAGACUCAGGGGAGUAUCGCUUAGUGCUCGUAAAGGACAAAGGAGAGAAAUACGUGAGCUCCACUGGAGUUACUCUGACAGUUACAGACCUGCAGGUGACCCAUGAUUCCACACAAUAUGUUCUCACCUGCCACACUUCCUGUCGUCUAACUUUUGCUGCUAAACUGUACUACUGGUACAAGAAUGGACAAUUCUUAAAGGAUUACGAAGACAAACAGGGAACUUUCACCUUAACAACUACUGAACAAGUCAGUUACUCCUGCUCUGUUCAUGGCUUUAACGAGAUACGUUCUCCUUCUCUAUGUGUUGGCAGGGACUGUUGGAGUGUGACCUACCCAGACAAAAGAGUCUGUGCUCUGGAAGGAUCUUCAGUGGAAUUUACUGGAAAUUACAAACUUCUUGAUGGUCAGAGUGUUGAUACAAUAUACUGGCAUUCUUCUAAGGACUUCCUAAACCAGGAGAAUGAAAAGCAGUUUGUUAAUCGAGUUAAAUAUGUGGAACAAAACAGAAACUUCACUUUGAACAUGAAGCAGCUGACAAAGAAUGACUCUGGAGAAUAUCGGCUUAGAAUAAUUAAUCAACUUGACAAAUUCUCUAGUAGACCUGGAGUGGUUCUGAAUGUUACAGAUCUGCAGGUAAGACUGAGUGACUAUGCUGUGGCAUCAGAAGAACGGACGGCAGUAACGCUGGGCUGCAUCACCUCCUGCACUCUGCCCAACAGCCCCAUUUACAUGUGGUACAAGAACGGACAGCCCGUUAUUAGCAAACUCACCAAACACAACAAGCUCUACCUGAUCUCCAGCGAAGAUGAAGGGAACUACUCGUGUGCCGUGAAAGGACAUGAGGAUCUUCGCUCUCCUGAACAAAUUGUUACAUUUUUCUCAAGUAAUGAAGGAAGUGAAGCUGAUGUGUGGAAGCUGCAUGCUGUAUGGGGAGCUGCUGCUGCACUCGUUCCUGCUCUGCUUCUCUCCCUUCUUACCGCCUUCCUGUGUGUUAAGAGGAAGAAAAGAGCAGUGAGAGACAUUCAGUGUGUUCCAAAACCUGGAGAUGGCACAAACACAGGGCUGAACCACAUGACUAUGUCCCCGGAUUAUGAAAAUAUUCAGAGCUCUUCAAGUGACACUUACACAACUCUGAACGCUGCAACUAUGUCCUCUGAUUAUGAUGUGCUGAGGAAGUGACACAUUCAGAUACACAAACCUGCAACCACAGUCUCUGGAAGUACAGAGGUAGCUACUUGCCUCAGUACUCUAGAACUGAAGAACGAUAACCAACAGUUAAGUUUGGAACAUCACAGGAAGGAUGCAUUAAAAAGAGCUACAAAGAUUUCUGUCUUAUGUAAGAGUUAUUCAUUUGUGUCAUUCAUGCAGCUCCUUUUUCACAUUGAAAUUUAAACUUUUUCACAUUUUAACUUUCCUUUAUCUGCGACUCCUCACUUGACUCAACUCUGUUCAUUCGAACAUCACUGAGGAAACAACCACUGGUUGAUGACAGUUUUCAGCAUUUGUUAUUUUAAUGUCUUGUAAACUAUAAU